CAAAUACAUUAUUUAAAAUUACUUGUAGUCUCAAAAAAUUCUGAAAGUAGUGGGGCCCUGUUAUUUCUACAUCUUUCAAUUGUUUAAUCUUGUUAUUUCAAGAUAUGACAUGUCCACAAAAUUACUUAAAGUUAAAUAAUUGUUCCAUAUUCUGCAAGAUUUGAGUACAAGUCUUAUGAAGUAACACAAAUUCCUCUAUUACAGAGUUAAGAGCUAAUCGAAGUAAAGCUGAUAGUAAUAUGGCCCGACCAAUUGACUCAAAACGUGAGGAAUUUCGCAAAUAUUUGGAACGCGCGGGAGUAAUGGACGCUCUUACAAAAGUUCUUGUAUCUUUAUAUGAGGAGAUCGAAAAACCAGAAGACGCACUCGAAUAUGUUCGUAAAAAUCUUGGUGGUAUUACGGAAGGAACAUCUGACAUGGAACUACUAAAGAAAGAAUUGGCAGAAGCAAAGGCGAGAAUAGUGGAAUUAGAGGCACGAUUAGCUAGACAUGAACCAGAUGAAAUUGCCAAUUAACAAAGUGACAAUUAACCAUUAACAACAUUGUGUAAAACUGGUUUUAAUUCGCAGACUUUUCUUUUUGAAAAAACUGCGUCCUACCACGUGCCUUAAGAUAAUAGAAUUGCAGGUUCUGCGAUAACGUUGUGUGUACAUGAGCUUUUUCCUUAAAUAUUCUAUUAUAAAUAAGCUGGAUACAAUUUUGUAUUAUUUUCUCAAAUAUUGAUUUCUUUAUGUUCCCGAAAUCAAAAGACCAAGUGGUACAAGCCGAGUAUUAUGAGUUAUAUUAUAAAAUGUACAAUAAGCAAUGCUAAGAGUUUGUGUUAAAUGACACAAAUAAAUUUUUGUUUUAUAUGA